ACCAGUACCUAUUUAGAAGAGGAGAGAGAGAGAGAGAGAGAGAGAGAGCAGUCGCCGACGGUUGAUGGAUCAAAUGUAGAAGAGAUAUGGACGGAAUGUCGUCUAACGACGGAGCCGCGGCGGUUGUCUUCGCGCAGGUCGCCUUAGCGGCUGAUGGUGCUGUCAUCGGUCUGGUCCUGGCCUACGUGGCAAUACAGAGCUUCCUCAAAUUCCGCUACACCUCUUCUGCUCUUCGCAAAAUCCGCCGAGCUCCGGCUGUUCGCGUUUCCGAUCUCCGAUUCCUCCUUUCUUCGUCCGAUGAAAGCAAUAAUAACGCUAGAAUCGCCGAAGAAUCUGAAUCCUCUUCUGAGGGAAAGCUUCUCGUCGUUCGUGGUCUCGUCGAGGCGAAAUCGGCUGUCGAUGGGAAUUGGAGGAGCUUGAGACCUAACGUCCUGGUCUCCCAUGAGUCCGGGGAGAGAGGAGUUGUGUUACAGAGAACCCAGACGUGUAUCUACAAUGAAUGGAGAGGAUUGUUCGGAUGGACAUCUGAUUUGCGCACCCUCUUUGCAAGAUCCUUGAAAGAGCAGAAGUCCACCUCAUUAAGAACAGUUCCAUUUAUUCUUGUUGAAGGUGGCCAGUGGCCACAUGCUGAUUAUGUUAUUGUCAAUUUGGAUGGCUCAAGGCAUCCACUACCUCUAAUGACAGUUUAUCAUCAGUUGCAGCCGGUCCAUGCUUCUCCAUAUACUUUCCUUCAGGCACUUUUUGGUCAUGAAUAUCCUGUUGGUCUUCUAGAUGAGGAGAAAAUUCUCCCAUUGGGAAAGGAGAUAAGUUCAGUUGGUGUUUGCAGGUUGCAGGAUGGAACUCCAGAGAUUAAGUCUUGCAAGGACCUUCCAUUUUUCUUGUCUGACAUGACCAAGGAUCAGAUGGUAGUAGAUCUUGCCUUUAGGACAAAGGUUCUGUUGUGGGGUGGCAUUCUUCUUGGCUCACUGUCAUUUGGUAUAUUAGGCUAUGCUAUUGUGAGGAACUGGAAUAGAUGGAAAGAGUGGAGACAGCAGAUGCAGGCCCGACAACAGAGAGAUGCUACUGCUGCUGCUGCUGCUGCUGAUG